AGGCAUUUGUUUUGAAUUUUGCAAAUGGAGGGAAAGCAAGAGCUGUGAAUAUAUACAUUACAUUGAUGGUGAAGUUUGAACAAUUGUACAUUACAAGAAGUAAAAGAUGACAUCAAGAUCACCAGAUCUAUUUGAGAGAUAUAUGACACAGUCACAUACAAGUCCUGAUCAGGAGAGAUUUUCUAUAUCGCCAGAUUUUAGUCAUCGAAUUCACGUCGAGAAAGUAUUUUGUACGGAGAAUAAUGUCGAGCAAUGUAUUGCUUAUUUGAAUCAGGUUUGUCGGUUGAAAAAUGUAUUGUACUUUUGAAAUAUGAAUAUUAAAGUCUAUGUUAUUGUCUGACAUGUAUUGUACUUGUCAGAAUUUAAGCCAGAAGGUCCAGAAGCUAUGAUGGAAUAUUUUAUAAGUCUACGUGUCAAAACUAAACAUCUAUGCCUUAUAAACCUAAUAUCGUCUUGAAGAUAUGCUUAAACCGUCAGAAAAAUAUGUGUUACUUCUCUUUUUCGUUAUAAAUAUUUUUAUCGGCCUGUUUUAUACACAACUAUUAUGAGUAGUUGACAAGUGUUCACCUGAGUGGCCGAGGGUGUUUACAUUAAGAAGCUUAUAUUAGACGUCACGAAAUAACUUAGAUACGUGUCACCUGUCCUUUUAUAUAUUUUGUAUAUUAUAUAUUAAGACAUUCACAAACUGCACUGCCAUUUAGAAUCAUAUUUACUAAGUUUUAGGUGUAGUUUAAUAAAGCAAGCACGCAAUAAAAAUUCUCAGCAUGUUGCUGUUUAAUGUAAUAGCAUGACUUCACUUCCUCUGUCAGUGUUGUUAAUCCAUUCAAAUGUGUUGUUAAAUCAAUAUCUUUUAUUGAAAAUCUAAUAAGAUAUUGGGUGUGUAUAGGAAUAUAACUAUUUUGUAUUAUGCUCCAGGGCUUCUAAUCUGGUGUAAUUAAAUUUACAAAUUUUAUAGGCAUAAUUUGCUGUAACAUUUUAAAACGUAUGAUGAUAUUAGUAAAAAUACUUGGUGUGAAAAAUCCCUAACACAUCUAUCAACACAUACUAUUACCAUGGAGAUUUAAAUGUGCUUGUAUUUUUAUAAUUUUUCAAUGUUAGAUAAUUUAUAUCUAUAGCUUCUUAUGCCAAGUACAUUAAUUAACACACAUAUCAGUACUUCUCAGGGAUAUAUUUCAAUACAAGACAGAUUCUGAUUGUUCAUGUUUUGGAGGAAUAUCUGCAUUGCAUUGUCUAACAUUGGUCUGAUUUGGUAGAUCAUCCAUCAACAGUGAGAUCAUCCAUCGAUUGCUGAUGGGUCAUCUUUCUUUGUAGCUAGAUUAUCACAAUUUAUCUUGUCAAUGUUCCAGGAAAACAAAUCAUACCUGGUGUUUUCCUGAAUGCAUGGCCGCAUAAGUUAGAAAACCAUGGAGCAGCUCUACCUCCAUAGCCUUAGGGACUUGAGUUCCAUGUUCAAAAUGUAGGAUUCAAUUUAACUUAGCUAAAUUUGCAAGAAUUCUGGGGUUAUAGGUCAACUCCAAAUGAUCAUGAAGUUAAAUAUCUGAACUGGGAGUUACUGGUUAACAACUUACAAAAUCACAAAGCCAUUUAUCUAAGCCUGACUGCACCAAGCAUCUAAGGUUGGCUACCUACACAAAAUAAAACCUCCAGGCAUGUCUGAAUGUCCAUUCUGCAUUUAGACACAUAGAAAUUCACUGUCAAGACAAACAUGUUGUUUACAUACCCAUUGGACAGAAAGUUCAACUUCAGAGAUGAUCUGCUGAUUGCUUUGUUUAUAUACUGACAAAUUGUCAUUUAUCAGACCAGCUAUUUCUCAUUGCCUAAUCCCAUCCAGAUGGAUCAUCAGAUAUGUCUCUAGUAUAAAUUGAGGAUGGUAAAGGGUAUUUCUGUGAGCCGUGAAUAGCCAAUUGAUUUGUUCUCAUGAAAUGUGAAAUGACUGAUUUUUGCUCUGAUUUUUGUGUCAUGAAAUGUGAUUUUUUGUCUGAGAAACGAGAAUUUAAGACUGUAUGAAUAGUAAGAAUUAAGUGCAAACGUGCACAAGAGCAAUGUUUUGGAUGUAACAAUUUUACUGCAUGCAUGUAUUUUUACUAUACUGUUAUAUUAGUUGGUUUUAAAAAAAGUCGUUCAAUGUUAAGCUUUCAGCGCUAAAAUUCGUUUCGAAAACGUAAAAAUAGGCCAACAGGUUAAAAAAGACAUUAAUGCUCCAGAUAGAAAAUAAAAUAUAUAUAAUAUACAUAGUUGAAAACGUGGUUAGAAACGGGAUUUUUAAUUUUCGUACAGUCAUAAUUCAUUUGUACACUGAAUUCACUGAUACACAUGUACACUACAUGCAUACAUCAUGUCGUUGACUUUGGCCCUUUCGAAGCCCUACCUUUCCAUGGGGGUCGUGAGCUAGACCGCUGCACCUCGUGUAAAUCUGACAUGUUUUAACUGUUAUUAAGAAAUGUUGAAGUCAAUUGUAGUUGUUUGAAAGUUGUUUGUAAAUGCAAUUGUAUACAAUUGUUCUAAAGACCUGUUUACACUUUGAAAUUUUGUCUCGUGUUUUACUGACUUUCUUUGAGAGUUUCUAUAUAUACUUGCCACUGUAGUACCACAUACAUAUCUCUGUGGGGUGGCAUACGUUUCUGACGGAAAACUAUUUACAUUAUUUCGCACUUCGACCUACCAUGCAGGAUCUGAUGAUCAUGCAAUAUUUAAAUGCAAACUAUUAAAAUACCAAUUAGAAAAGCGGAAAUGUUAACAAAUUGAAGGCGUGUAUGUAGAUCAAAUAAAUGAUUUACUGCUGUAUUAAAAAUUCAAAAGACUGAUGAAGGGGGACUAGAAAAUAAAAUCUUGAAAACCCAAGUUAUGGAACAAGACGUAAACUAAAAUUUACAUCUUGUUUUAGUCACGUCUUGGGUUUUCAAAAUGUUUUCGGUUUUUGUUUUAUACUCUAUCUUCUAUGUCAGCUAGUUCUGACUGAUUAUUUUCGAGGGUACUUUGACAGUAUACCAUGCACACGCAGACUGUUACCUUAUACGACAGCUGUAGCCUGAAUUGACUUCGUCCAUUUGAAGAACAACAAAAACUUUAAACAUUGUACAAGACAGAAUAAAAUUCAAAUAAGAAAACUUGAUAUCAAGGCUAUCCAUGAUUCCAUGUACUUUGGCACGAUCUGUUUUCAAAAUUGGCUAUGACAAGGUUAAUCUGAUUCCCGCUUAAGAAGAUUAUUAUAAGUAAGUGAAAAUUAAGCCAAGAUUAAUAUAUAAAGCUAUAUUAAUUACCAUGCCUAGAAACCUUUAUAUACGGAAAUCCUACUUAUGGAAAGUUUUGCAGUGCAUAUUUACGACUAAACUUAUCCUUGUCUAAAGUAAUGUUUGAUAAAAUAUUGUAUAAACAUUUUACAAAGUUUCUCUUUAUAUAACCCUCAGAGUAACAUCACAAAUAUCAUAUUCACCUGAGUACAUAACACCAAUACAGAAAAAAAUCAUAACCCUGUCUGUUCCAAGUGGAAAGAUGGGCAGUUUUGAUUCAGGAAUUUCUGAGAAAAAUGUUGGAAGAAGACCUGUUUUGUAUGCGAAAAUAACGAGAUUUUAUAUCUUGUAGCUAUUACUAUCUAUGUUCACCAUUGAUACGACCACAGAAUAUUCUAGUACUGUACUAGGUUAGAUACAAGCAAGAUAUCUAUGGAUACAAGUUGUUGACCGAGGUGGCCUGGGAACUAGCGGUGGUACUUGCAUGGACUAAGGAAAGAUCCAUGUAAACUACACUCGGGCAGCUUCCACCCAUCACAGCAUUACAAAUGAUGGUGAAAAAAAUAAUGCAAUAAAAUAACUCUGCAUUACUCUGCAUACCUAUAUAAGUUAAUAAAGGGUGAGAUGGAGGGAGUUUAAACUUUUCGCUUUAUUUUAGAUCUGAUCCAUACACUUUGCGUGCUAAACAGCUAAUGACUAUAUACAUGUUGUGCAAGCAACGUAUGCAAGGCACCAUCCGGAUCACGCGUGAUUCACUAGCUGUUGACUUUAGUUAAUAUAUAACCUCAUUUAUAAAUACAUUAAAAUAUUUACGUAUGCAUGUAGUUUUUUUCUCAAGAUAUUUAAAGUUUGAUACGCAUCCACACCAAAAUCGCAUAUACUGUAUAUACAUUUUCUACUAUACACUCGUCGCAAAAAUGCUUGAAAAUUAUGUAAUCAGUGGGGGCUAGAUAGCAAAAUUACUACCGUAGAUUAAACAGAUACAUGGGCACAAUCAAUGUGUUGCAUUCUAUGUGUAAUUAUUUUGAUUUAUACUUUCCAGGAAUUGGUUAUGCUUGGUUUUUCAUCAUUGUAUAAAAAUUCUGAGAGAAGUGGAUACAGUGUUGUAAGACUUAUUAAUAAUUUAUAUGAACUUCUACAACUUCAAGUAAAAAAUAAUCAAGUGAAAGAUGAUUUGGAAACAAGGUAAAAAUGAUAAUUUUCUGAUAACAGAAAACUAGCACAUCUCUGGUUAUAGGCGUGCUGCUAACGUGCGUGGGUAGGGUAUUGUUACACAAAAAUUAGGUAUCACUGGACAGCUAAAAGCCUUAUUUUAUCAAUAAACUCGAUAGUUAUCACACGCGAACAUGCCAAAGCUAGAUUACCAUUUUUUAUUUACACCCAAUAUAUUUUGUCCAACAGUUUUGUUCUAAUAUCUUCUUUUGUUACUAGGCAACAGAGAUCAGAUUGUGAUAAUGAAUUUUUAGUUCAAAAUCAAGCUCGUCUGAAGGUUUGUUCAAACUUAUCCUGAACAGUAAUAACAUGACGUCAUUUACCUUUAUUUUAAACUCUCGCAUAUAAUACUAAUAGUUAAAUAGUUUGAGCCAUCUUCAUUAUACUUCUGCAGUCUUAAGAGUUGCGAUGAUUUCUGUUAUGAAUUUUUAACAUUAGUCAUUAGUAAAUUAUUAGUUAGAUUUUAACAUGAAUAUCAUUUUAAUCCUUUUAUGCGUUUCUGGUUUCUGACUAGGCGUUGAACUGCUCUUAACCAAUCAGAAUUGAGAAAUUUUUUCAUAUAUAUUAUUAGAUAUACGUUAUACCGAAAAAUUCCGAUAUAUCGGAAAUUUCAAUAUAUCGGUGUGACUGAAAAACUCAUACCGAUAAACCCAUAUUGGUUUCAAUACCGUUAUUAUCAUGCAUGGGUAUACCGCGAACAUUCCUAGCGGCCAUGUUGUUUGUAUAUCCGAAACCACACGGACGCGAAUGUUGUAAAUAGGGAGCUUAAGAUGACCCAAAUCUGCGACGCGAAAAACAGCCGCUAAUAAUUGGAGACUAGUUUUACUUUGUUUUUCUCGUGUCCCUGGCUUUGUUUACCAACAACAAUCCAUAGUUUUUACCCGUGAAGUGAAACUGUGAUAAUAGCGGCAGUUUUUGGUCACGUCCGCGUCGUAGAUUUGAUGUACAUCUUAAGCUCCCUAUAAUGGCUUGUGAAGAACAUUCGUACUCUUCAACAAUUUAAAAUAAAUUAAUGAUAUUUGGUGAGAAAAUUGAACUGACUUAAAGUUUAUGCAAUGAUGCAUGAUUUUUAUUUUUGUAUCAGAUAUACAUACUCCUUCGGUCAUGAUUUCUUUUGUGAUUUGUUCAUGAAUUAUUAAUGAGUUUCACAAUGUUUUUUGUACUAUUUAAUAAACGAGCAGGAGUGUUUUAUUAGGUUUUUAUUUAUUUUAUCAAACAGAACGAACUGGAUGUAUCACAAAGAGAGGUUGCGCGGUUAAAAUCAAAACAAAUAGAACUGUCGAAAAGUAAAAAGUCACUGGAGAGUUCUGUAAAGGCUCAGAAGGAAGAAAUAAAGAAAAUGAAAGGAAAUCAGCAAUAUUUAAAAAAACAAUUUGAACAUGAUAUUAGGAAAGGAGAAAGAGAAAUGGCAAAGCUUAAAGAAAAAUUAGUUCAGGUAUGGGAAAAUCACAGAGGGAAAAUUAGUUCAGGUAUAUAUAUUCAGUAAGUAAAUUUUGAAUAUAAUAAUUAUAUUAGGUUAAUAACUUAAUAUAUGCGAAUACAUAGCUAUAUCAGUAUAAUCAAUCAAGAUACGGCCUGAAAUCUUAAGCUAUACAAACGUCUUUCUAUUAUUAUAAUAGCUCAAGAUAUACGAAUUAUAUUGAUGAAGGGGACAGCACUAGCUGAAUAGAAGUACUAUCACAAGGACAAUUUCUUAAUUAUUCAAGUUUGAAAAGCAUUUUGAUAUAGUUGUAUAUUAGUUGAUUCAGUACAUUGUAAGUGUUUUACUUUCUCCGCUUUAGUUAUUGAACUACAAGACAAAGGAAAAAUCCUUAGGAAUGGAUAUGCUGAAUUCCAUUCAACGGGCUGAUGGGAAACGACGCACUUGGAACACAGGAAAUAAGUAUGCUGUUUUAUUUUUGGACAAGAUUUAGUCGAAGAUUUAAGUACACAGGGUUCGCACAAAACUUGAAAGUCCUCGAAUUUGAAAACAAAAACUCGUGGCUUUGAAAGUCCUUGAAUUUAUAAAAAAAGUGCUUGAAAGUCCUUAAAUUCUACUUGCUUUAAAAUAGUUUUCGGAUAUUUUCGGCUGAAAUUGUUUUACAUUAAAAGACGGCGUUUUAGUUGAGUUGCAUGACUUUGUUCAUGUUUGAUAAAGCUCAGAAAUUCAUUAAACAUUUGAACAUUUUAACGUCACUUUUUACUGAUUUCUUACGUCUUCUUUUCAGCCGUUCCUGAUACAUGGCCUUGAAAGUCCUUGAAAAGUCCUUGAAUUUCACUCUUCCUAACUUGUACGAACCCUGUCCCAUAUCGUAUUGGAAUUUAUCAUAUCAGUUAAAUUUGAUGUGAAACUCUGAAGUAACGGACCUCUUAUUAACUGACUCUUACGCCUGUAUUCUAAAAGCUCACUCACACUCAAUGAGUGGAAGUUCAAUCUGAGCUUCUCUCGAGUGUCAUUGCUGUUUUUGAAUAGCGGCAGGGUUAGUGUCGUACCUUACUAUGUGACUACUCACCCUCCAGCUAUUCAAAAACAGCAUUGACAUUCAAGAGAAGCUCAGAUUGAACCUCCACUCAUUGAGUGUGAGUGAGCUUUUAGAAUACAGGCGUUAGGCCGUCCAAUGGACACAAUCCCCAAUGGUGUCUGUCAUUUAGAGCUUCCCGACUGUGAUUUGUGAAAACUACCUGCAUGAAAAGGUACAAUCCAUCAAGAAGUGUUUUGGCUAAAUAUAAGUGUUGAAUUGGUUGCAUACUAUUUUGUGCAAAUUAAGUUAUUUUGUCUUUGUAUAGAUCUUUGAUUUCGUUAUUUUUUGCUAAAAUUAUUUUGUCUUUGUAUAGAUCUUUGAUUUCGUUAUUUUUUGCUAAAUAUCUAUAGCUUUUUAUUUCUAGGCAUGAUGAAGACAUGUAUCGAUUGGUUGUGAAUAACUAUGAAGAGAAACAAAAGGUACUACCGCGCUAUGUCAGUUGUGUAGGGAAAGACUACUAGUUGUGAAAGAGAAAUACGUUGAAUAGUUGUAAAAAGAAUGGAUUCCUUCAUUGAAAAAAAUUAAAAACACUUUUCAAAUUAUUGUAGUUAGGAAGGUUAGGAAGUGAGUUUUUUUUUAAGGUUAGGAAGUAUUUUUCACGUAGUUUAGAAGACACAAAUCAGAUCAGGGCAGCUGUUGUAAAAUACUACUUACAGGGUCAGGCAAUUAGAUAUGUUCUGACUAUUAACCCUUAACGCCUUUCAUUAAAUCGUUUUAAUUAACACCAACAGAUAUUUUAUAAACACAGGGGCGUAUAGGAAGCGAUGUAAAAUUGGGCAGCACUGCGUCUUAGGUCAUUAGAAAAGAGCACUUUUCCUAUUCUUUUAUCUGGAAAGUGGGCUCUUAGAGGAAAGUGUGCAUGGGCGGGGAGGAUGUCCCCUUGUGCAGUUAGCUGGUAAACUUGAACGCUGGUUAAUAAAUUCAUCCGUUAAAACACUAACUUGUGGCGUUAUUUAACAGUUUGACGGCGUAAUUGACUCAGACUGUAAACCACUACAGUCUGUAAUUCAUGGACAGCCUGAAAAUACAAAAUAAAAGUUUCGAUUGGCAAGAACUUAUCCAAGGGUGCCCAAUUAGCGAAACUGACACCCGUAGCACAGAGUAAAUACCAUACAGAUGUCUCACUAUUAAUUUCAGCAUAAGGGUUUUUUUCCAGUCCGCCAUGUUCUUAGUAAGUACCUAAAGAGAGGCCCCCCCUCCCCCGCUGAAAACAUAUUUAAAAAAUUUAAUGUUCCAGUAAAAACUAACUUAGAUUUUGUCUCGCGAAGUGAGACCUCUGUAUGGUUAGUAUUCUGUGCCCCUAGAUUUAACUCAACUUCUGAAAGUAGCCUUGCUCACGCCAUGCAACCAGGCCGUGUCCACCAUUUUUGGGCGGCAAACUGCACGGGAAAAGUAGAAGGCAACAAGCGAAGGAAUAAAUUUAGAAAAAUACAAACACAGUACUAUAUUUUUUGUUUAUAAAUACUAAUUUACUUCACUAAAAAAUUAAUUGUCGAGUACAUUAUACAGAUAUCUUUGAAUGAUAUUUGAAAAAAGAGGUUCGCGUAAGCGGCCCGGUAUGCAUCAACUACUGACAAUGUUUCUCAUUACAUCUCUGUAUGUUACGUAACACGCGCUCAAAACUAAUGAAUAUUCCUUUCCACUUGGUUCUGAUACGUUUCUCAAGCGGCAAACAAACUUAAAAAGUAGCUAUAUGUUUAGUUUUUUAUCUGUAAAGUUAUGCUAAAAUGAAGAGAUUUUAGAUGGUACGCCAAAGAGCAAAUGCUGUCUGAAGUUCAGUAAGUCAAUUUUACAGCAUCAUUGAUAAUUGUAUUUAAUUAAAUAGAUAAUAUUUAAGUAUUAUUUUGUGUUUCUCAACCGCUAGAUACAUUUAAUUUAAAAGGUCGUUAACUGUGUAAACUACAAAAAACUAAAACUAGAAGUUACUAUCGCAAGGAAAGUGUUGCCUCACCCCCCAAGGGAUCAAAGACAGGGAGCAUACGCAAUUUGCUGAAUAAUGGCUAUUUAUACGGAUCUCGCUUAAACCGCUUUGCCAGGACGAGAUAUAAGGCGCGAUGAUUUUGUGAAAAACUUUAUUUUCUAGAGAUGGAUUAUAGUCAACUGUAAACGAAAGGUUGUUCAAAAAGCUAUAAAAAUCUUGAACUACAUGAUUUUCUCUACAACAUUUGAGUUUGGUUAGCCAGCAUUUGAACUUUUGUUUAUUCUAGUGACUUAUUUCAAUACAUCAAAAUCAUCCCAACUUCCAUCAUGUAAACAGCCCUGAGUAUGCCCGUUCGCAGGUUAGGUGCUGGGCAUGACCAAACUUGCGAACGGGCAUACUCUGGGUACGAGAUUGCUAAUAUAAUACGCCUGUUCAGGAUGCAGGAAAAGACCGAAAAGUGCAAUUUGAAUAUCAAACACCUUGCACAAAGUCGAAGUUCAGCUAAGAUUUUAAUCCUACUUUCUUGGUAUGGGAGGUUUUAUAUGAAUCCCUUCAAUGCUUAUAACUUCUUGUUUUGUAUGUAUAAUUAUACUGUUAAUGGUGAAGCUAGCAAUUAUUAAACUAAACUCUACAUGUCCAAUGAUUUAUUCACGUAUUAUGAUAUCAUUGUUGAUAUAUAUGGCAAUAUGUCUUUGUACAGUAUUCAGUGGCAAGCUAGCCACGGCAACUGGUCAUGCUAUGCUAAUAAACCUGGAUAUAAAUCAUUAAAAACUUGCAUCACAUGACUUGUUGCUACAAUUUCAUAUACCUUAUAUAAAAAUUUGGGCAGUACUAGAAUUCGCGCAGUGCUGGGUUGCGCGAAUUUUAGUAAUGUGCGAAAUAUGAUCCGCGCAAAAAGCUUUGUGAUGUAAUAUGAGACACCGGUUGUUACUAAUGAGAACCAUACAAUAAAUGUUCGCCGUGGAUAUAAAACAACAGUGAAGCACAUUACACAAUGAUUGUAUAAACCUGUAUCUACUCGCACUACUGUAUACACAAAGCCAUACACACAUUUGAGUGCACCAUAACUCCACAACACUCUCUACAGCACCAGAGAAUAUUACAAGUCCUUGUAUAAUAUAAGACAAUCAGUGGGCUUAUUAGAACUGCAAAUUGAUGAAAUCAUAUUGGUUUCAAUGCCUCUAUAUCGAACACUAAACAGCAAAUCUAAAUAUAAAUGCGUCCUUGGCACAUCGCCAUUCGCCACACAAAUAGAUAAACUAAAAGUCCAUCUUGACUCCUUGUAUGAAUAUAAAGACAAUCAGUGGGCUUAUUAGAACUGCAAAUUCAUGAAAUCAUAUUUGUUUCAAUGCCUCUAUAUCGAACACUAAACAGCAAAUCUAAAUAUAAAUGUCUUCAUGUAUAUCACCAGAAUUCAGAAAGAAAUAAAGCUAUCCUUACCGGAAAUAUUCAAAAUAUUGUCGAUCGUUUGCAUCGUGAAAAUCCAACAUACGGCAUGUAAAUAACAAGGUAUUAAACUGAAAUCGAAUUACCUGAAUUAUUGAAAAUAUUGUCGAUCCUUUGCAUCGUUAAAAUCAACAUACUGCAUGUAAAUAAGCUCGUACUAAACUGUAAUCCUGAGAAGAAUCAUGCGAGCGCAAUACAAAUCAAAAUCGAAUAGUGAAACAAAGAGUCGUCGAAUGCUCGAGCGCUGACGACAAUUAGUUGCGAAAAAUCUUCACAUCCGACAGAUCCGACGGACUGACAUGGAUUGAGUAUGUUUCCCAAUAUAACUCGGCCGGGGACUGGGCACGAAAAAGCAAAAUCUCACAUCCGACGGACUGACAUGGAUUGAGUAUGUUUCCCCAAUAUAACUCGGCCGGGGACUGGGCACGAAAAAGCAAGAACGUCAUGUAACGUCAAGAAUAGGGAGCUGCCUUAUAUUAUACAACAAAGUAAUUUUGAGAGGAACGCCAAAAUAUUUUAGGUUUUGAACACUUUUCAUCACAAAAUACGCGACACUGAAUUGCCUCCUGAAAUUGGCCCAACCAACUCUUUGUAAAAACGUACUCUUAUAUAUAUACCUAUACCGAUCAUUCAAUGACAUAUUGUUGUUCAUGCAGGAACUUAUGGAGGAGAAUAAUGAUCUACGGGAGUUACUUCAACAUACAGAAAAUGAGUUAGUGAAUCUUCUUAAUAAAGAACACCAAGAUGUGGUCACAGAAUCAGGGGUAGGUUGAUUUUAAAAUGCUCUAUAUAAACUAUAUUGUGGGUAUUUAAAAAUGUUUAUCGGGUUAAAUAUAUUUUAAUGAUUUCUCACAAUAUAGAGUACUAUAUAAUCACCAUAGAUAUCUUAUAUACACUAGAUAGUGCAUCUAAUUAUUCUGCAAUUCAAAAAUUGAAGCCGUGAUUGCAGACUCAGGAUAUUCCCAUGAAAUGAGAAGACUCGUAUGUUUUCUAUUUCUUAAACAGGGAACUUAAACAUUAAGUUAAACCUAUUCCAAAUACAUUUUCAAACUAUUCAAAUGAUGAAAGUUAUUGUUGUUUUUUAAGCGUUUAUUAGCGAGUGGGAAACUUCAACAUGGCCGCCAUCUAUUCAAAUAGGGGUAACCGCUGGAAUAUUCUUGGCUUCAAUUUUACUAAAAGAGAUGCGCUAUGAUAAUCACACAAACAGGCAACUUACAUGCAAAAACGUCAUAGGUGUGACUGCAGGAACAGGACUUGCGUCCCAAUUGAUACCUGACCCCUUAGGCUUAUAUAGACCUUACUAUUUAUUGCACUCCAACCCCAUUGGCCUCCCUAAAUAUAUCGAAUAUAUAGUAGUAUAUAUGCAAGUAGGAACUAUCCAUAUCUUGAAUUUCUCAAGAUGUUGUUUUUCGGACAUUGUUUCGUCCUAUAUCUUUCAAGACUGUCGGCACUUUUGGAAAUAUUAGUGUAAAUAAUUUUAAUUGAAUAUACCCUAUGCAUACUGUAUAGGAUGACGCUGAUAGUGAAGACGAUUCAAUAUCUGUGAGCAGUCAUACUGAAGGACAUUAUCAAAUGCCCUUCGAGCUUGUCCGUGAAGGUAUCGUGUUAAUAAAAGCAAUAAAUUAGUUAUUGGCAGAGUAUAUAUAUUAGUAAGAAAAUGAAUCUGAAGCAGUCUAAUGCGUAUAGUCGCAGGCUAUAAUGAAUGUUGGAAUAUAUAUCUGCAUGCUUGUUAGCGGUGACUGUCAACGUAGAGAACUACUGGUUUCUGUAACUGUGCAACUUCACUCCUUUUCAUUUUCAAAGUGAGAAAAGCAUAAAAACGAUCCUGAUACACUUGUGCUCUAACUAAUAUUCUUAUGAGGUGUUACACCACUUGCACACAGAAUCCCCAGGGCAGGGUAGAGUUUUUCAACCUCGUUUCCAGCCUUUUCCUUUUUAGGUGUAAAGGUUUUUCUUAGACUUGAAAGUAGCACAAAAAUAAUCUUUCUUAAGAAAAAUGUCGAGGCUAAUUCAUAAAUCUAUUAAUAUGCCAGGAAUCGAGAAAAGCAUACGUGAAAAGUGGACAAAGUUAAAAGAAGGAAUCGACAGUUCCAAGAAAGGUUUGCAAUUAUAUUUUAGUAUAUAGCUAAAUAGACUACGAGUUCGUAUAAUUGAGAAUUGACAUUCACUGUUCAUAAAAUUUGUAUGCUUUCAUAGAAGAAGUCAAGAAGAAUGAAGAAAGUAGUAAACACGAUGAUGUUGAAAAAUUAAGAAAUGAAUUAGAAAGAUAUAAAUAUAUUGUCCUGCAACAAGAAGAGCACAUCCAGGUUCGUAACUUAUGCAUUCCAUUUUAUAGAAUUACCAGAACCUAUAGGGCAGACUCCGAUUUUAUACAGAGGGAACUAAGUUGAAAUGAUAAUUGAAUUGUAUGAUGAGUUGUGAAAAGAUUGGUGUGAAUCGCAAUGACAUCUGAAAGAAUAAAUUAUAAUUUAGUGUCUUCUGCAGCAGAAUUUUGUACUUCCAAUUCGAUGUUUAUUUGUUACAGCUGCAUAUCGCCUCUUCUUUUCAGAAAUUCCAAGAUGGCGUAAGCAAUGGUGCCAAGGUCGACUUUCUGGUAAAUAACAUUCCACAUUUAUACAUAGUUGUUCGAUUGAAUAUGACUUUAAGUAUAUCUAUUUAGUAGCAUGCAUACAAAGCAUAUUUUAAAACUCUCUAAAACCCAUUUCACACGAGAC